CUCAAACUCCUGCCACUAGAUCCCUGGAGUCGGACGGCGUACCUGGAGCGCGAGCGCCCGGGGCGAGGCGCACGCACCGGCGAAGCUGCCCCGGGUCGCGGGGGCAGCCCAGACGACCCGACGGGACCGCUCCCGGGCCAGGCACCGGGACGGCCGCAUCUCUCGGCGCGGAAAGCCGAGGCGUAGCGUGGGGCUGCCUCCCGUCGCGGCGCGGCGUGCCGUACCACAAGCGGGGACGUCCCGCCGCAAAAAAUUGAUGGCGAUGCGCGCGCUCCUUGCUUCGCUGCUGCCCGCGCUCGCGGCGGCGCAGUGCGCCACGCGCAUCCGCGUGGGCACGUUCGGGGACUCCAACCCCGAGGCGCUGGCCGUCAUGACGGACUGGCUCAACGACGACGGCGACGAGUGCUGGACCUUCUACCGGCAGCCGAGCGGCGGCCUGUCCAUCGCCAAGCUCGACUCCGGCGAUUUAGAUAUCGCGCUGCUCGGCUCGACGCCGUACGCGGCGGCGGCCGCGCGGCGCGGCAGGCUUAAAGCAGUAAGCGUGGCCCACCUCAAGGGCUCCUCCCAGGCCCUCAUCACGCGCGCGCGCUUCGACGAGCCCAAGGCCCUUUCCAGUGAUACGAUCAAGGCCGGCGGCACGGCCAAGGCGACGCUCGCCACCCCCAAGACGUCGACAGCGCACUACAUCGCGCUCGCCGUCAUUGCGAACGCCGGCCUGGAUCUUGGGAGUAUCGACCUCGUCUUCAUGUCCCCCUCCCAGAUCACGGCCGCCUGGGACGCCGGCACGAUCGACGGCGCCUGCGUCUGGGGCACGGCCUUCUCGCACCUCCUCAACAACCCCUGGGGCGGCAGCGCGGAUCCAUUGGAUGCGGGCGACAUCAUGGUGCCCGCUUCAAGUGUCGCGCACUGGGACUACCUGACGGGCAACGUCCUCGCGGCCUCGGACGCCUUCAUCACGAACCAUGCAGACCUCGUCGCGAAGCUCGUGGAGAAGUUCGAGCAGACGCGCUACGACUACCGGUCCAAGGAGGAAGGCAGCACCCUCUGGGCCGCCGCCGGCGCCUACAACCAGAAGGUGACGGACUUCGCGUCGUUGAAGACGGCCCAGGACGCGGCGGACGUCUCCGACCGCCUCGCGAAGUUCGAGUACCUGUCCGUGGCCGAGCAGCUCCAAUAUGAUCUCGACGAGAUGACCCGGGACUCGGCCUACUUCUUCUACGAGCAGAAGGUGCUGGCCGAGGACCCCUCCGCCGACGCGCUGUCCUUCUACACGGCGCUCUACGACACGACCGCGCUAUCCGGUUUGACGGCCGGCGACUACCAGACGCUGCUGGCGGACCCGGCCGCAUCGUUCGACAUCAACGCCGCCGCGCCCGUGCAGCGCGAGCAGGGCUCGGACCCCCGGUGCGCCACGUCGACGACUGUCACGGUCUUCCCCGACACCUUCACGGACGGGUCCACGGGCACGAACGCCUACGCGAACGACACGGACUGCCGGUGGCAGUUCACGCCGCCCAGCGGCAACUACGUAAGCAUAGACAUCACCAAGCUCAUGUCGGAGCAGCCCGACGACGGGCUCGAGGUCUACGACGCGGCCGGCGACCUCCUGGCGGCGUUCACCGGCCGGUGGGACCCAAUCAAUUUGCCGGAGGUCCGCUCGCCCACGGCGGGCGGGCAGGUCACGGCCCGGUGGGUCACGAAUAGCUACGACGAGAACGCGAUCGGCGCGCUCGAGGACGUGGGCUUCGAAGCCGCGGCCGGCGCGGCGACGAGCGGCCCGAACACCAAUUGCGCCGCCGGGACGAGCGGCGCGAGCUGCGAGUACGCCUACUGCCUCGGCGUCGUCGACGAAGCGAGCGCGACGGCGGCGACUACGAUUCGGUCGCAGGCGGCCGGGACUCCUCUCUACGCGCCGAACUCGCGCUGCGGCUGGCGCGUCACGUCGACGACGGACUACGUAGAGCUCAAAUUCACGAAGCUCGCGAUCGAGAACGGCUUCGACUUCGUCAGGAUCUACGCGGGGAGCACCGCGCCGACGGGCUUUUCGCUCACGGCGCCGGCGGCGGAGCCGAAGCUGCUCUACGCGGCGACGGGCUCGGCGCCGCCCCCGAAGCUCGUCUUCGCGGCCCCCGUCUUCGUGACGUUCGAGUCGGACGGCCUCGGGAACACGGCCGUCGGCAGCGCUGACGGCGGCUUCGCGAUCGAGCACAGGGUCGCCGCGAAGCCGGAUUGCGCCGGCGCCUGGACGUCGCCGGUCGCGAACUGCGCGCUGGACCACUGCACCGGCGAGAGCGAGCUCGUCGUCCCCGCCGGCGCGGGGCCGCCGAAGCACGGCGAGUUCUCGUCGAGCGCCGGCCCGGUCGCGACGGACGGCUCGAUCCCGAGCUCGGAGUUGGCGACGGACUACCCCGCGAUGACCAUAUGUAGCUGGAAGUUCACGCUGCCCGACGCGGCCAGCCUCAAGGGCCUAUCCCUGCGAGCCAAGAAGGCCUCGACGUGGAAGGAGAACGACGAAGCGACGUGGAAUCGGUUAUGGGACGUCGAGGCGUCGGGCGCGCUCACGUCCACGACCGACGCCGUGCACGUCUACGCUAGUGAUAACACGCUGGUGGGGACGCUGAAGGGCGCCAAGGACGAGGCGGAGGACCCCGCCGUGUGGGAGUUCGACUUAACUGAUUCCCCGGGCGACACGUAUACGGCCGUCUUCGCGUCCGAUUUGAAUAACCCGGUCCCGAAGAAGGGUUUCGACUUGGUAUACGCGGGGCGCUACGGCGAUGCAAUAGCGGGCGCGAGCGGCGGGUUCUGUGUGUGCGACCACGGCGGCGCGUGCGACUGGCCCUGCGACGCCGGGCUCGGGUGCAAGGGAAACACGUGCCGGCCACCAUCAAAAAAGAAGGAACCUGUUGAUAUGACGGCGCUCAUUGUUGUCAUAUGCGUCUUCGCCGUGUUCAUCGUCAUAGGUGCCGCGUACAUGGUCUACAUGCACGUGCAGCACCAGAAGGCCAUGGACGCCAUGGCCCAGGAGCUCAAGGACGCCGUCGUCGGCUUCAAGGUCUGCGUCCAGGACUACGUCCCCGCGGGCCACUCGACGCAACAGGACGCGGUCGACGUUUCAAGUCCGGGCACGUGGUACUGGCAGGAGGAGGCGCACAAGAUGGGCCAGCACCCUCCCCACCUCACGAAGCAGCCGAACUGGGUCGCGUUCGAGUCUGAAAUUCAAAAUCAGUUAGAACAGGCGUUAGGAAGUGGCGGCACGGUCCAGAGUAGGCACUACGCCAUCGACACGGGCAAGAAGGAGCAGACGAACACGCGGACGGGAUUCAAACGACCUGUACUAAGAGACACGUCCAGUGAAGGCCGGGCCCACGGCGAGGCCCUGCAGAGGAAGGUCCAGCCGCCGCCGGGCGGCUGGGGCGACGCGCGGCCCGAGGAAUUGUGGGACCAGGACGCCCUGUUGCUACGCAAGGAUUCGAUCGUGCAGGUCUCGAAGCAACGGGACGACGGCUGGAUUUAUGGGAGCGUCGUCCUCAACGAGGGCGACGAGGCCGCGGACCUGAAGCGCUACGGCGACGACGGCGUCUCGCUGUCGUCGGGCUGGUUCCCGGAGAAGGUGAGCGACAUCCCGACGGCGGAGCAGCUCCGGGAGAUGCAGAAGGCCAUGGGGGCGGGGGAUGAUGCAUUAGCCAUGCCGAAGUACUGGGACGAGGUCAAGGACCCCUUGGUGGCGCAGUACUUCCCCCUGGCGCAGGGGAGUGCGAAAUACAAGCGCGUGCACGACGCUAUUGCUCUGACGACGAAACAGCAGCAGAUGAAUAUCCAUUCCAUCGAGCGGGUCCAGAACAUCGGGCUGUGGCAGUCGUACUGCGUCAAGAAGUCGCAGAUCUGCCAGCGCGAGGCCGAGUCGCGGCCCCCGAACCCGACGAACCACUCCGGCAGCCAGGUUAGGAAUUGGCUCUUCCACGGCUGCGGACCGGACGUCGUGGAUAAGAUCCUGCAGCAGGGGUUCAACCCAGUGCGGAAAUUAUUUACUAUUCUGGCCGCCUCGACGCAGCGCGAUUACUCACCCGAACGUUUGAUUUCCGCACAGGUUCAACCGGAGUUUCUGCGGCAAGAACGCGACGUUGUACGGCAAGGGCGUCUACUUCGCGAGGGACGCGAGUUAUAGCACGUAUCCACUCUACUCGCCCGCCGACGGGCGCGGGUUGCAGACGGUCUUCGCGGUGCGGUGCGUCGUCGGCGAGUGGUCCCAGGGCGUGCGCGACGGCCUGACGCCCGGCGUCCGCGACGACCGAAUGAACCUGCUGUACGACACGACGGUCGACGACAUGAAGAAGCCGAGCAUCUUCGUGACGUACCACGACGCCCAGGCCUACCCCGAGUACCGGAUCCGCUUCAACCAGGCGAACCCGGCGCGCAGCCACCCCAGGGCGAGGCAGCCCGAGCCGGGCGGCUACAGGCGCAACUGGCUCGAGGGCGUGGAGGGCGAGGAGGAGGUGCAGGCGGCGCCGGCCAACGCGAUGGACCGCCUCGCGGGCAUGCUGGGCCGGAGAAACUCCGACAGGGUCGCGCCCGCGCCCCCGCCGGCAGGGAACGCCGGCGGCGGCGCGCCGACCUUCGAGGUGCGCCUGCCCCCGAACGCGCGGCCCGGCGUGACCAUCAUGGCCCGCGCGCCGAACGGCAACAACGUGCGGCUCACCGUGCCCCACGGCGUCCCCCCGGGGGGGAUCAUCCACGUGCGCUACUGAUCCUUUUUUUUGCGCGCCCCCCUGUCGUUCAUCCUCUCGCGUAAGCCUUCUUGUCCAUCA